UGUUAACUCUAACCAGCUCCAUGGAUUGAAGAUUCACCGCCGGGCUCCUUCGAUUUCUCACCUCCUUUUCGCGGACGACUCGUACCUCUUCCUGCGGGCCUCCGGACCCGAGUGCAGCUAUCUUCUUCACCUACUGGAGCUCUAUGAGCAGGCGAGCGGGGCAAAGGAUAGCGCGGGGAGUAUGGGAUUUAGCUGGUUUAGAUGCAAUCCGUGUGGCGGUCUGUCAACUCAGCCUGGAUGCAGCCUGGCAUCACAUUUUCUUUAACUCCCAGUUGUCAAAAGUGCAGGUUGGUGAAGUUGUAUUCCUGGUUUGGCGCAUUUGGAAGGGGAGGUGCUGGUCUGUUCAUGAUCAUGUGCAGUACCUUCCCCCAGCUCUUCACCGCCAGUUUCGGGUCCAAGUGGAGGAGUGGCAGGACGCCUCGUCUAGCCAGCCGAGAGAGCAAACAGCAAGGAGGCUUCCUUCGGUAUCUCAUCCGUCCGUCUCCAAUCCUCCGGGGGGACUCCUCCUUCGAUUUGAUGGCGCAUUCAAUAGAGCCACAGGUGGCAGCGUGGGUUUCGUUGGGUACGCUGAAGGUUCUUCCUUAGUUUGUGCCUACGGUAAAUUCUAUCCAGGUUUGAAUGAUCCAUUUCUUGCGGAACUUCUUGCUCUUCGUGAUGCUAUGUUAUGGUGCGUUAACCAUGGAUACUAUAAUGUUUGUUUCUGUGGAGACUCCCAACUAGUUACUCGUCGGGCAACGGAGAACGAGGUGCACCAUGAAUCCGGUGGGGCAAUCCUGGAGGAGAUCCGCCUGCUGAAGUCAAGCUUCUUUUUCAUUAAGUUUGUUUUUGCUCCUCGUAGGACUAACAGGGCUGCCCAUUUAGUGGCUAAAACGGCCCUUGCAUCGGCAGCUCGACAUUCGGUCGACUGCCGCUAUUUACUUUUCAACCCAUUGUAAUCUCCUGUCUAUCUAUAAUCUAUCUAUGGCAAAAAAAAAAAAUGUUAAAAUACAACAGCUGCCACGUCACCCUUUGCUGAAAGCGCCGCACACUUCGGAGGGAUUUUAUCGUCGUUCUCUAAACCUUCUCCUCUUCGGUCUUUCUGUUCUGAUCCGUCCCCAGUCGCUCAAGGUCUUUCUUCCAGUAACCACCCACGACGAUUCCAUUGCUUCUUCCUCCGUCACCUAUAAUCCUCUUCUCUUUCUCCCAUUUGCAACACGUUGGUCGCCUCCGCUCUUACUUACGCUAGAGUAAUCCAACAACCACUUUAUCCUAACGGCUCUCAACUCCUUGCAUCUGACUUCCGUCAGCUCCUCCUCCGUGGUCUACUCAAUCGGAGUGCUCUGGUGGUUCGUGACCCAGGUAGUGUCGGUAGCAGUUAAGUGGCAGCCCUUGAGACUGAAUCAACUCCGACGAUUCAUGUAGCGCCAAUCCUUGCCCUCGUCUUCUGUAAUCAUCCCCCAAUUGCGGGGAGGAGUAAUCGACAUUAAAUCUGAUGCAGAUUCGUCUAGGGUUUCAGGGGAAGCAGCGCACAAUCUAAAGAGUCAGAGAUGCUUAAAGGGCUAGGAGUUUUCAGGUAAGAGUUUUGCAUUCUAAGUUCUAUAGAAGUUGGAUGCAUAAUCGUAUCAGAUUCUUUGUAACCGUUAUGCUUCUUAACAUAGAUGAUUGAGGGCUCUCUCGAAGCUUUGCUUUAUUCUAUUUGUUGUUGUAAAAGUCAUUGAAUCUCUUGACUGUAAUCUGGAUACAGGAAAGGGGCAUCAAACUCGGUGAAGAUUUUGAUGGUGAUGAGAAGGUUAGAUAUUCUUCAAGCAUCAGAGGAAGGGACGCAGAAUGGUGCUUUGGUUGUGUACAAUUCUCCAUUGAGGUUUUGUUGGUGGGGUUCUUCAAAGUUGGGGCGUAGCAUUGUGUGUUAUUCUUCUGGUCGGGGCUUACAUUUCCCCAUUCUCAUUUCCAGGUUGGAUUUGGGAUUGCUAUUGGGUUAGAGUGAGUCUAAAUUUAAGGAGGAUUUGUAUGGGCUGGCUGUUUAGCUUUCAAUCAAUGAGAACCCGAGGGUUAAAAUGAGUCUAAAUUGAAGGAGGAUUAGAGUGAAUAGGCUUGGAGCACUCAAAAGUAUCGUGCACUAGAAGAAGCAGAUGGAAAUUGGCAGCGGCAUUUCGGCUUUUGAUUUUGUCAAAGUGGCCAAGGCUACUCUGGAUGUUUGAUGGGUCUCAGUGGCCUGGGACUUGGGCUUCUAGAGAGGCUGACAAUUCUUGGGAACCAGUUAGCUUUCAAUUACGGAGAAUCAACAUCUGACGUCUUCAAAAUCUGGGUUGGUCUGCUGGAUGAGGGGUCAAGGUUUGUCAAGACUAUUACUUGGACUAUGGAAGUUCUAAACUUAUAAUGAUGGCAAGAAUCAUCCUGGGUGUAAAUAGCCAUACAAGGAUCUUGAAGGUUAUGUGGAGGCGGAUGAGGAGACAGAUUAUGACUACAACGAAGAAGACGAGGAGGAAGAUCAAGCUCUAUCGCUGUCCAUAUUGGACAAAGACUUUCAUUGGCGAAGUCUAUUAAGCCAAUGAGCCAACCGCCUGAGUUUGAUCACACCAGGUGAUUUUUCAAGACUAAUGGAACUUAUGGGUAUGAUAACGUUGUGUGGCCGAACUAUGGGUAUGGCGUUGGCCGCGGAGCUAAUGGAGUUGAGCAUCCCCAAAUAGGUUCUAAGACCACAUCUUCCAUUGAUAAAGCCAAGUAGCUUCUGAACCUUGCUUAGUGUCUUAUAGGAAAUUAGGAUGUUAAUUGAUGAUAGGGAAGAGGCAAACUGAUUUGGGAGUUGGCUGCAUUUGAUUCCUUUUCUCUAGAUUUAGCGGAGUAUGAAUAUAGCUUUGUAUGCUAUGACUGAUAAUGCUUAUCAAAAGCUUUGCUGCAUUUGAUUCAAGUUUAAUGGAGUAUGAAUAUAGCUUUGUAUGCUAU